AUGUCAUAUGCUGAAACGAUUGAGGAUGCCAUAGGCAACAUAAAGCAGCAGACAGUGCUGAUGCAGCGGUGUUUGUCGCAAGGGAAAUUGAUGGACGCCCUCAAACAUACCUCAAUUAUGCUCACCGAGUUGAGAAACCCGGCGCUCUCUCCCAAGCAAUACUAUGAGUUGUACAUUAUGGCGUACGACUCGUUGAGUAUACUUUCAAAUUACCUCGUAGAGAGUCACCCAAAGAGACAUCAUCUAGCAGACCUCUACGAGCUGGUGCAGUACGCUGGGAACAUUUUGCCUCGUUUGUACCUCAUGAUUACAGUUGGCAGCAGCUAUUUGCAGUCGCCUGACGCCCCACGCGAAGAGAUUCUGAAAGACAUGAUUGAGAUGUGUCGUGGGGUACAAAAUCCUAUAAGAGGCCUUUUUCUGAGGUACUACCUUUCCCAGAGAACUAAACAGUUCUUGGAGACCGAUGCUCAAGACAAAAAGUUCUGCGUGAACUUCAUUAUCACCAAUUUCAUCGAGAUGAACAAACUGUGGGUCCGCUUACAACAUCAAGGGCCCCUAAGAGAACGUGAGCAACGAACUCGUGAGCGGAAAGAACUUCAGAUCUUAAUUGGUGCGAACUUGGUACGGCUUUCCCAAAUUGUAGAGAAUGACUUCGCCUUGUACACAGACGAAAUAUUACCCCUAGUUUUGGAGCAAGUCAUCCAGUGCAGAGAUGUUGUGUCUCAAGAAUAUCUCUUGGAUGUGAUAUGCCAGGUAUUUCCGGAUGAAUUUCAUUUGGGCACUUUGUCAGAAUUGCUCAAUGCAACAUUGAAACUGAACCCUGAGGUGUCAAUCAAUAAAGUAGUGCUUACCCUCGUGGAUCGUCUUAAUGGAUAUCUCGAUCGCCAAGAAAAUGCUGAUGAACAAAGCAUAUCUGAAAAAUUGAAAACUUUAAAAAUAUCCGACGAAAGCUGCAAUUUAUUUCUUGUGUUCUGGAAAUACCUCACUAAGCUGAAUGAAGAAAGACCAGAUUUAUCUUUACAAGAACUUGCUCCACUUAUUCAAGGUGUUCUGAAGUUAUCACUUCGUUGGUACCCUGCUAACAUUAAAAAUGUUGAUGUUUUGUACAACUUUAUGCUUGAAAAGUGUAAAGAUUAUGGAAAACCUAUCCCUGAGGACUGGAAUUAUCUCUUCCAAGAUUUGCUGCUAGUGCAAGACAUUAUUUAUGACCCCAACUUUCUAUACACGGUCAUCACACAAUGCCACUCCUAUCAAAAGCUACUUUCAUUGCAAAGUGUGGGCUUGCAAAAGGAAGUUGUGAAAAACAUUUUAGAAUUGAUAUCCCAGGCAGAGAUAAGAAUUACAUCUAAAGACGAACUUGAAAAAGUCCUCUUGAUAUGCGAAUCUGUUAUAAAAGGUAGCCCUACAUCAACAGAGACGUCGACAAGCAACCUGAUGUUGGACAAUGAGGAUGAUUUGGAUUCUGAGGACUGGGUGAUACAGUCAGAUCAAGAAAAGCUAGCCAAAAUAAGCCAUAUCUGCUAUAACAAGUCAAUUGAUGUACAUGCGGAGCUUCUUUUAAGCUGUAAAAACUGGUUUUACAGGGGCGGCAAAAACAUUAAGUAUACUUACCCAGCGAUUAUUUGCAAUUUUUGGAGACUGAUCAGAAAGUGUAAUUUGAAAGCCAGAAGAAAGCCAAAAUUAGCUAAAAAAUUAAGCGCAAUGACAAAGCAGCUCUUCAAAUACGUGUCUCGAUGCAUAAAUGACAUGUUUAAUGUUUGUGGAAAUGGAUGUUCUGACCUCAUCUACAAACUUAAUUUACAAACAGCCUCACUGGCAGAUCAGUUGACUUUGGGUGAGAUUGCAUAUGAUUUUUUCUCCCAGGCGUUCACCAUUUUUGAGGAAUCCUUGAGUGAUUCAAGAACUCAAUUUCAAGCAAUCGUUAAUAUGGCGCAAAUUUUGCAAAAGACAAGAUUCUUGUACGAAGAAUCUUACUAUGAUACGCUUAUAACUAGAUGCACCUUACAUGGAUCUAAGCUAUUGAAAAAACAAGAUCAAUGUAGAGCUGUGUAUGUGUGUUCUCACUUAUGGUGGGCAACUGAGAUUUCUUUGCUAGGUGAAGAGGAGGGAAUCACAGAAAAUUUCUUCCGUGAAGGAAAGCGUGUGUUAGAGUGUUUACAACGGUCCUUGAGAGUGGCCGAUUCUAUCAUGGAUAACGUUCAAAGCUGUGAACUAAUGGUGGAAAUUCUCAACAGAUGUUGCUAUUACUUCAUUCAUGGUGAUGAAAAUGCAACCCAUGUAGGGGUGAAGUAUAUCAAUGGACUAAUUGAGUUAAUCGAAACAAAUCUAAAAUCAUUAAAGAUGGAAGAAUCAGGUACGGAUGCUGAGCCAAUUCAAACUUCUAGGGAGCAUUACUAUAUUGGUAUUGACGGGUCGUAUAUUCAUCAGUCGCCUAUCAAUAGUGUUUCAGCAGUAUCAACAAAGCCGCCCACGGCCAAGAUCAAUGAUCUAAUACCUGUGCCAACUGAACACUUUGAGAGAACGCUGAAAUACAUUACAGAACAAGGCGAAGUUGAUGGAAGAUUUAAAGCACUAAUUAUGUAG